AUGGCACCCCCGAGCGAGGAGACGCCUCUGAUCUCUCAGCGUUCCUGCAGCCUCUCAUCCUCAGAGACUGGCGCCUUGCAUGUGCUGCUCCCCCCAAGGGGCCCAGGACCCCCUCUGCGGCUAUCCUUCUUCUUUGGGGAUCACUCGGCUGAGGAGUUGUGCGUGCGGGCUGCCAAAGCUAGUGGAAUCCUGCCCGUCUACCAUUCCCUCUUUGCCUUGGCCACCGAGGAUCUGUCCUGCUGGUUCCCCCCAAGCCAUGUCUUCUCCGUGGAGGACGGGGAUACUCAAGUCCUGGUCUACAGGCUUCGCUUUUACUUCCCCAACUGGUUUGGGCUGGAGAAAUGCCACCGCUUUGGGCUACGCAAGGAUUUAGCCAGUGCCAUCCUUGACCUGCCAGUCCUGGAACAUCUCUUCGCCCAGCGGCGCAGCGACCUGGUGAGCGGUCACCUCAAGGUGGGACUCAGCCUCAUGGAGCAGGGUGACUACCUCAGCCUGUCAGUGCUGGAUCUAACACAGAUGGCAUGGGAGAAGGCCCAGUUGCCAGAGAAGCUGCUUCAGACCGUCAGUUACAAGACCUGCCUGCCGCCCAGCCUGCGCCACCUUAUCCAAGGCCUCAGUUUCGUGACACGGAAACGCAUUCGGAGGACAGUGCUCCAGGCCCUGCGCCGUGUGGCUGCAUGUCAAGCCGACAGGCAAUCGCUCAUGGUCAAGUACAUCAUGGAUUUGGAGCGGCUAGACCCGGCGGGACUCUCGGAAACCUUCUGCGUGGGCCUUCCGGGGACUUCCAGCAGCCAGGACCAGAAGGGGUUGCUGACUGUGGCUGGAGGCAGCGGCAUUGCCUGGAGCUUCGGAGAGCACGAGACCCUCCAGCCCUUCUGCGACUUUCCCGAAAUCGUUGACAUCAGCAUCAAGCAGGCCCCGCGCGUGGGCCCGGCUGGGGAGCAUCGCCUGGUCACCGUCACCAGGACGGACAAUCAGAUCCUGGAGGCCGAGUUCCCGGGGCUGCCGGCGGCGUUGUCUUUUGUGGCGCUCGUGGACGGCUAUUUCCGGCUAACCACAGACUCCCGACACUUCUUCUGCAAGGAGGUGGCACCACCGCGGCUGCUGGAGGAGGUGGCCGAGCAGUGCCAUGGCCCAAUCACACUGGAUUUUGCCAUUGACAAGCUCAAUGCAGGGGGCGCAUUCCCUGGCUCCUACAUUCUCCGCCGCAGCCCCCAGGAUUUUGACAGUUUCCUCCUCACUGUGUGUGUCCAGACGCCCCUUGGCCCCGAUUACAAGGGCUGCCUCAUCAGGCGAAACCCCACUGGAACCUUCUCCCUGGCUGGCCUUGGCCGGCCCCACAGUAGCCUUCGAGAGCUUCUGGCAGACUGUUGGGAUGGUGGACUGCAUGUGGAUGGUGUUGCACUGAAACUCACUUCCUGCUGCCUUCCCAGACCCAAAGAAAAGUCCAACCUGAUUGUGGUCCGAGGAGGUUGCAGCUUGCCCACGUCGUCCACCAUUCAGCCCCAAUCCCAAUGCCAGUUAAGCCAGAUGACGUUUCACAAGAUCCCCUCUAACAGCCUGGAGUGGCAUGAGAACCUGGGCCACGGAUCCUUCACCAAGAUUUACCGGGGUCAUCGUCAUGAGGCUGUGGAUGGGGAGGUCUGGGAGACUGAGGUUCUGCUCAAGGUGAUGGAUGCCCAGCACAAGAACUGCAUGGAGUCAUUUCUAGAAGCAGCAAGCUUGAUGAGUCAGGUGUCCUAUCAGCAUCUUGUGUUGCUCCACGGCGUGUGCAUGGCUGAAGACAGCAUCAUGGUGCAAGAGUUUGUGCACCUGGGGGCGCUGGAUACAUACCUGCGCAAGCAUGGCCACCUGGUGCCAGCCAGCUGGAAGUUGCAAGUGGUCAAGCAGCUGGCCUAUGCUCUCAACUACCUGGAGGACAAAGGUCUCCCCCAUGGCAAUGUUUCAGCCCGAAAGGUGCUCCUGGCUCGGGAGGGGGCUGACGGAAGCCCCCCUUUCAUCAAGCUGAGUGACCCUGGGGUCAGUCCUACAGUGCUAAGCCUGGAGAUGCUCACCGACCGGAUCCCCUGGGUGGCUCCUGAGUGUCUCCAGGAGGCCUGGAUUCUCGGCUUGGAGGCUGACAAGUGGGGCUUCGGUGCCACAGUCUGGGAGGUGUUCAGCGGGGUCCCCAUGCCUAUCAGUGCCCUGGAUCCUGCCAAGAAACUCCAGUUCUACAAGGACCAGCAGCAGCUGCCAGCUCCAAAGUGGACAGAGCUGGCCCUGCUGAUCCAGCAAUGCAUGGCCUAUGAGCCAGGCCACAGGCCCUCUUUCAGAGCUGUCAUCCGAGACCUCAACAGCCUCAUCACCUCAGAUUAUGAGCUCCUCUCGGACCCCACACCUAGUGCCCUGGCGCCCCGAGACGAGCUGUGGAAUGGUGCUCAGCUGUAUGCCUGCCAGGAUCCCACGAUCUUCGAGGAGAGGCACCUCAAGUACAUCUCACAGCUGGGCAAGGGCAACUUUGGCAACGUGGAGCUGUGCCGCUACGACCCGCUGGGUGACAACACGGGCGCUCUGGUGGCCGUGAAGCAGCUGCAACACAGCGGGCCAGAUCAGCAGAGGGACUUUCAGCGGGAGAUCCAGAUCCUCAAAGCGCUUCACAGCGACUUCAUCGUCAAGUACCGUGGUGUCAGUUACGGCCCCGGCCGCCAGAGCCUGCGCCUGGUCAUGGAGUACCUGCCCAGCGGCUGCCUGCGCGACUACCUGCAGAGGUACCGUGCCCGCCUCGAUGCCAGGCGCCUGCUCCUGUACGCCUCGCAGAUCUGCAAGGGCAUGGAGUACCUGGGCUCCCGCCGCUGCGUGCAUCGUGACCUGGCAGCUCGCAACAUCCUGGUGGAGAGCGAGGCACACGUCAAGAUCGCCGAUUUCGGCCUCGCCAAGCUGUUGCCACUUGACAAGGACUAUUACGUGGUUCGCGAGCCAGGCCAGAGCCCCAUCUUCUGGUAUGCCCCCGAAUCCCUCUCGGAUAACGUCUUCUCGCGCCAGUCAGACGUCUGGAGCUUCGGGGUCGUCCUGUACGAGCUCUUCACUUACAGCGACCGGAGCUGCAGCCCCUCAGCAGAGUUCCUGCGGAUGAUGGGAUGUGAACGAGAGGCCCCGGUCCUCUGCUGCCUCCUGGAUCUGCUGGCCAACGGCCAGAGGCUGCCCGCGCCCGCCGGCUGCCCUGCCCAGGUUCAUGAGCUCAUGAAAUUGUGCUGGGCACCCAGUCCACAGGACCGACCGUCCUUUAACACCCUGGGCCCCCAGCUAGAUUUGCUGUGGAGUGCAAGCAGUGGGUAG